AUAUAUCUAAAGGCAUGUUUAGUGAAUAUUUGUAUAAUAAAAUGUAUAUUGAGUUAACACAACUUGUUGAUGGUAUUGAUGAUAUUAGAGAACUUUGGAUAGUAUUAUAUAUUGAUCAACAAAA